AUGAAACAACAUAUCUCCAAAGUUGACGACCAUGAUGAUGUAGACAACUGCUCGGAUGUCUCAUCGGUGGCAUCAAGUCUUGAUAGAAUCGAUAUCAACGAUAUCAUGGAAAAACCAAAGUUCAAACCAGUCACUCCAUCCAACUUAGAUCCCCAGAAUGGUGGUGGUGGGGUAUUUGCCUCUACCAGCGCCGACAACCUCUACCAUCCGCAGUCGGGCCGUUCGAGUAUGGAUCACCGCCAGUCACAAUCUGUCAUUAACGGUGAUACUAAAUAUGCCAACGACCACCAGGAAUCGCAGUUAUUGGCUGAUAAACCAAUCAGCGACUGGAAAUCGUGGUAUAUGUAUCAACAACCCAAAAACUUUUACCGAAAAUUGUUCAUGGGGAUUUCUGUGCUAUCCGCCGCAGUGGUUUUGGCUCUUCAAAUCUAUAUCUUCGUGCUAUACUUUACCCAUUUAAACUCAAAUUCAGAUACCUUAAUCAAAAAGAAAGCCAUUGCCACUUAUUUGGCAUUGUUCAUUUGCGCUGAAAUAUAUCAGUGCAUAAUCACCGCCACCGCGAUCAUCUCGAAAUCACGAAUCCAAGUUUUCUUACUCCUUACAUUCAUCGGGUGUAUGGUGGUAUAUACCGGGAUCCAAUAUUUGGAAUUGAAGCAUAGUUUAUCACCAUCGUUGGCGGAACCAUAUAGAGCGUCUCCAAAUGGUGCGGUCAUUGCCAUCAUUUGUUUGAGUAUUGCGACAUUUUUCGCUCAAGGGUACUUGUUCCUUAUCCAUUUAAAGAAAGAUUUUGCCUGGAACGUUUUCAAGAGAAUCGGGGCCGCUCCUGAAGCCCUUCAAAGAUUGUCAUUUUACCAAAUCUAUAGGGCAUUCCUCUACUUUGAUGGGUUUUUCUUCCCGGCGUUCACACUUCAAUUCAUCAUCAUGAUGCCAAAAGUAGAGCGGGUGGAAUUUGUGUUGACCAUCAUUGUGAUUCCGGUGACGUUUUUGCUUUUAGCGUACGCCGACUAUUCUGCCGCCAAUGAGAUCAUUUAUGGGAUGGUUAUUUCGAUCGCCGGGUUCUUUUUGGGGUUGAUGUAUGCGUUCUUUAAAGUGAUUAGAAUUUAUACCCAUAAUACCAAUCGUCACCAAUACUACCCAGGAAGACGGUCGUUGACGCUAUUUGCGGUAUUUUCCAUUAUUCUUUUAUUCACCAGUAUCUUUUUUGGCAUCAAAGUGAUGUCGAACUUCAACAAGGGUUUGAAACCGUUUGUUGCUAGAACGUUCUGGGGUAAAAGAAAAUCAUUGCCACAGGAUGGUGAGACUUACAAUAUCAAUGAGGAAAAAGAUCAUGCGGAUAAAUCAGAGUAUGACAUUCGGGCAGAUGAUGCUUAUGAUAGUUAUAAAGGUGCCCCACAGCCUAUUCCUGCCAUUAUUGUUGACUGA